AUGAUUCGUGAUCCCAGUACACCGACAACACUAUAUUAUGUCGAUAGUUCGAAAAAAAUUUACCGAAACACAGCAUUAGAUAUCAAUCUUUGGAAACCAGUAACAGAUACAACGUUCAUGAAGAAGGAAUGUGCUCAUAUCAACAAAACAGAUGGUUAUUUUGCUGAUACGAUUAGUAAUUCUAAAUUAACGAUCUAUACUAAUGGGUCAAAGAAUAUUCUUUAUGUUGGUUACUAUGGUAUAUCUACAAAAUCUGAAACAACUAAAACAACAUGUUACGCCUUUUACUUUAGCACAGAUCGAGGAGCAACUUGGACUACGAUGUUAGCUCCAAAUGGAGACAAACUGUACGAAAAGAAUGGAGCCGGUACAAAACAAGGGCCAGGUUAUGCGAAUUUGGGUACACAAGGUGAAAGGAAUUUUGCCAUAUUAGCUGAUCCAACCGAUCCAAGAUUUCUUUAUGUGGGAGGGACUCAAGCCGAAAUAUUCAGAGGUGACCGAACCUUCACUGGCAAUAAGACUAAUGAAAAUGAAGGUUUUCUAUGGUCAUUUCUCCGUGAUAUGGAAACUGAGGGUGCUAUUAUCCCAAUGUUUACAGUGACUGGAACAUCACCACAUGCUGAUAUACGAUAUUUCGAUUGGGACCAUUCAACGAACCAAUUAAUAUGCACAAAUGACGGUGGCGUAUGGAUACAUACGAAACCACAUGGAAAGGGAGACUGGUUUCAUAAAAAUGGCGAUCUUUCUAUAACAGAAUUUGUGAUGGUAGCAUAUGAUAGUGCAACGGAUACAAUCGCAGGUGCAGCUCAAGAUAAUUGUAUAUGGGUCAGUAGGUCGUCAGCCGCAGAAGUUGCUGCUGGUAAAUCCGUACCAGGCAUGUUUUAUACUUACAAUACUGGCGAUGGUGUAAAUGUAGCAUUUGAUAGUAAUCAAUCACCUCCUGUUCUGUAUGCCACGGACCAAGAAUUCGCCAAUUUUAUUAAAGUACCAUGGAUCAAAAGCGGUAAGCCACCGUCUACACUCUUUGGAAAUAUACCUCCUAAGAAUGCCUACUCCUUUUCCUCGACAUUUGCAUUAAAUGCCGUUAAUCCACGAUACUUACUAGUUUGUACGAAUCAACUACGGACCAAUUAUUGCAAGCGAUAUGACAUGACUACUGGAAGCAAGAAUGAAUUCCCAAGCGAGAAACGUGUUCGGGAUAACAUAACCCUAAGUUAUUACAAAUAUGGGGGUUAUCACAAUGGAGUACCAGAAGAAAAUAUGUUAUUUGGAAUUAAUGUCGAACAGAAACAUAUCAUUGCAGAUGAUAAAGCUGGUUUUAAAUUCCACAAGUCUCCCCCUUUCGUUCAAGGAAAGACUGAUAUUGCUGUUGCAAUGAAUCCAAGAAAUUAUUAUCAAUCCUAUAUUGUUGAUGCGGAGUCAAACGUUUGGCAAACAUUGGAUUUUGGUGCAACAUGGACAAAUGUAAAGGGUUCACUAUAUAGUGACAUUGGUUGUCGUGAAAUGCCAUAUGCUUGGGGCAGUAUCGUUAUUCCAUUGGCAAAGAAUAAUGCUUUUGUAGUUGGAACAGCUUACGGUAUUUAUGUGGCAUUCGAUGAUAAAAUGGGCCCUCAUACACGAUGGCAUAAAUUAGGUUUGUCCAUGCCAAAUGUUUUGGUUUCAUCAUUUGCUUAUGAUCCAAAGAGAGAUUUACUUGUGACGUCUACGAUGGGUCGUGGAUGGUGGCAAUUGCCAAAAGUAAAACCACAGCUGACUUAUUUGCAUGGUGGUAUGUACGAAUUCAUUUUCAAUUAACAAAUAUGUGAUAGAAUUUCAUAUGAAAAAAUAAACAAACAAUCUUGUUUCAUUUCUUCAAUCAGUUUUGUCUUUGUCGCGGAAAGAACUGAAAAGUAAUUUCUUUGUCGCCUAGAUAACACUACAAGAACUGAAACAAAGAAGUUAAUUUUUGAACCGUGAUAGUGCCGCGUUAGGGCUUCAAACUAUUUUAGCUUUCAUAGUUCGAUCGAACCUGACAAUGCCUAAUACGUUUUUAUCAAGCUGUUGUCUGUACUGUGAUGAGAGAAAAGAGUUCCGAGUACGCAUCCAUGCAAACAAUGUUUUUAGGUUCCAUCAAAAACCUAUUGUUACAUUAAAGUUCAUUGCAUUUUUAUUUUUAACUUUACCAAUUUACUGCGUGUCUUUUUUUUCUCUAUUUUACUGACACACAGAUGUUUCAGAAUAUUGACAUUAGGGGUGGCACUUUAUCUUUAUUUCACUUUAUUAAAGUAAAGUAAAGUAAAGCAUUUGGCUUUACUUUACUUUAUCGGGUAAAGUAAAGUAGAUCUACUUUAUCGGAAAAGUAAAGUAAAGUGAAGUAUCUCUAACUUUAUCAAACAAGUCAGAUAUAGUAAAAUAAGGUAAAGUAAAGCAUGUAGUUGAUGGUUAUUCAUUUAUUUGUUCAUUAUCACACAUUAAUCAUAUUCUAAUACGUAAAAAGUUACGUCGAAUUACAGAUUGGAGGCCCCGAAAAGUUUAAACCUGAUUUUAUUACUUUGGAAGUUAGCAUCGAUCUCUGAAUAUUCUUCAUAAUUCUGUAUUCUACACGAUCACAACUCAAAUUUUGAUACUUGAGAUCCCCUGAGGUAUCGAAAAAAAAAUUUUCUGGCUUUCCAAUCACAAGUCUUUAUACUUCAAUAGCACCAAGUGUGCAGAUUACAAAUAUCUCAUUUAUUUUUAGAAAGUA